CGGAAGAGAAAAUGGAAUUCAUUUUAAUCAUACCCUUCUCAAAGCAUACUAAUUCUGACAUAAGUUAGUGGGUGUUUAAUGCAUUCCACUUCAAAACUAUACUGCACUUCUCUCACUGUGCAAUCACAUGCCAAGUAUAUGUUUACCUGUCAUUAGCCUAGCAAGCCAUUUGUUCGGUAAACAUUAUUAAGAAAUCAGUCCCUGAACUUCUCUUAACAGUACAAGACCUCAACAAUUAAGUUUUUAAAAUUUAAGCCUUUGGUUGUGCAUUUUUCUUGUUUGUGCCUUCUGGGUAUAAGAGACUUUCUUUGUUAAUGGUGCGCAUGUGCACACAUAUAAUUUCACAAAUUCAGUGGUUGAGAUGAACAAUGCAGCAUAUGUAUUUUUUUGCAAGAAAGGAAAUUGUUGUUGUAGCAUCUUUGUUUUUCCCUUUACUAUAUGUUCUUGUUUGUUAUGCUAUAUUCUUCACUUAAUAUCCGUGUGAUAUGAGGUGGUAUUGCACCCCUGUUCUGCUCUAUGCUAAACUAUUAUAUUAUUUUCCACUAGACACCUGUGUGGUCUGAAGAAAAUGGGAAGCAGUGGUGCUGACAAAAUUCCUAGAGAUGGUGAGCCUGAAGGUUCUGAGACAACCAUUGAAAUAAAAAUAAAGACAUUGGAUUCUCAAACUUAUACUUUGAGAGUUGAUAAACAGAUGCCAGUUCCUGCAUUGAAAGAACAGAUUGCUUCUGUCACUGGUGUGUUGUCAGAGCAACAAAGGCUCAUAUGUCGUGGAAAAGUUCUUAAGGAUGACCAACUACUUUCUGCAUAUCAUGUUGAGGAUGGUCACACACUUCAUCUAGUUGUCAGGGAACCAGUUCCACCAUCAUCUGAUGGCUCACUUGAUCAUUCAGCACUUGAUCCUGGAUCUGGUACAAGCCACAGUCGCAGUAAUCAUGCAGGCUCGAGUGUUCUGAUUGAAACCUUUAAUAUGCCUGAUCAAGGGGAUGGAGUUCCACCAGAUAUCAGUCGGAUUGUCUCUUCUAUUCUCGGCUCUUUUGGAUUUGCAAAUAUUGGAAGCAGCAGUAAUGGGGUUGAUGUCAGGGGACAUGGCUCCCAGAGACUGGAAAGAACAUUUGGUGCAAGUAGCAUUCCAAAUUCACCUCAGCAGCAGCCUGAACAAGCUGGCACAAGGGGGCAAUCUGAUAGAUCGCAUAGUACUUUCGGACUCCCAACAGCAGUUUCCUUGGGGCCUUUGCAGCCUCCUGUAAUUCCUGAUUCUUUGGCUACUUUGUCACAAUAUCUGAUUCACAUGAGGCGUGAGUUUGAUGACAUUGGUAGAGGUGGGGCACAUGAUUCACAAACAACUUCUAUGAGUAGGACUGAAGAUAGAUAUUCUAAUUCUGCAUCACAUUCAGGAACUGUUCAGCAAGGGCUUCCAACACCUGCAUCUUUGGCAGAAGUUUUAUUGUCUAGUAGACAAAUGCUCAUUGAACAAGCUACAGAAUGUUUGUUGGGACUUGCAAGACAACUGGAGGAUCAAGCAAACGUCACUGACCCUGGAUCACGGUUGAGCACACAGUCAAAUGCAUGGAGAACUGGCUAUCUAUUUCAUAGUCUUGGCUCUUUUUUACUUGAACUUGGUCGUACAACCAUGACAGUGCGGUUAGGUCAAACUCCAUCUGAAGCUGUGGUUAAUGCUGGACCUGCAGUUUUUAUAUCCCCUUCUGGUCCAAAUCCUCUCAUGGUCCAGUCUCUUCCUUUUCAACCCGGAACUGGUUUUGGUGCCAUUCCAAUGGGAACUUUACAGCCUGGCUCUGGUCUGGUCAAUGGAAUUGGGACAGGAUUUGUCCCAAGGCGGAUUGAUAUACAAAUACGAAGAGGUUCGUCAAUGACAACACCAAAUGCACCAAAUGCUAAUCGAGAGGAACACAGUGAUAAUCAGCAGCGAUCAGCACAAAACACCCCAGCAACGGGUGCUGGUGGUGAGAAUCAUGAUAGUCAAACAUUUUCAAGGGCCUCUGACAAUCCAUCUUUUGCUGGACAAUCUGGAGUGAGGGUUUUGCCAAUCAGGACCAUGGUUGCAGCAGUUCCUGCCACCUUUGGUCGUAUACCUUCUGAUUCUUCCACUAAUUCUUUGGGGUUAUAUUAUCCUGUGCUUGGAAGAGUCCAACAUGUUGGUUCUGGAUCCAUGAGUGCUUCUCAAGCACCUGGCGAGCCUUUGUCUGUCAGUACCCAAACUGAGCAACAUCCAGUUUCUGAAUCUACAGUGCAACAACAAAAUGCUGAACGGCCUAACCAACAUGGAUCAUUAGCAAACCCUAACUCAGGACAGCAAGACAGAUCUAAUACACGCACUGUCAAUAUAAACAUCAUAUCUGCUAAUGGGAGUGGGACUCAAAACAACCAAGAAUCUGAGAGACAGCUUCCAAGCAGCGUGCUUCAAUUUCUAAGAACCAUUUUCCCUGGUGGUGAAAUUCAUGUAGAGGAUCCCAGUUCUAUUGGAAUGGCUACAGUUUCUGCCCCAGAGCAUGCAAGUACAUCCAGCAAUCCUUCAGCAGCAGAGUCAAUUGUUACUGAUCAAGGAGUAUUUUUAUCUAAUUUGCUUCAUCAGAUUAUGCCCUUCAUAUCUCAGCAUGCGGGUCAACCUCAAAGUGAUCUUGCCCCAGAACCAGAAGCAACCAGUUCAACCCAAGCUCAGAACUCUACUACUGGGACAUCACGUAGACAUAGUGACUCUGACUCAAGUGCACCAAGCUCAAAACGUCCAAAGACGGAGUGAUUUAUCUGAGAGAUGAAUGGCAGCAUAUCUCAACCUCGAAACAUUUUGUAUCACAUUUCUCAUUGCAAAAUAUUUUAGCAAGAGUCAGAUCUUGAUGCAACAUUUUUCUAUGACCUGAUAGACCAUAGAAAGUAUGAAUUCUUUAUCUGGAUUCUAUCGUGCCCAAUUCAAGUUUUCAAGUGGCUUCUUUUGAGCUGUUGAAGGAUUUCAAUUAUUUAUGGAAUUAGUUUUUACUUUUUGGCUUAUACAUUGUUCCUCCUCUGAGCUCCUUAUGUAGCAUUCUUUAGAAGAGCAAUCUAUAUGAAUAGCAUCACAGCAGUUGUAUACGUUUAAGUAUUUAAGAACUCUCCGCUUUUCUUAAAAUGGAUACAACUUCACCACUAAAACCAAAAUACAGCUACUGUUUAUACAGAAAAAACCAAAGUUAGCUACAUGGACAGCGAUGACCUGUACACAUCUUAAUACUUCAAAAAGGAAACUGUACCAAUGACAUUAGUUAAAACGGAAGGAAGAGCCCAAAAGACGGACAGGCUUCCAGUGGCGUCUUCUUAGCAACUUUUAUGGUGCAUUUGGGAUUGUAGGUGGGUUUUUUAUAUUUUUAGUAUUUUUGAAUAUAUGUGUAUUUAAUAA